AUGAGGCGCUUCCAGUUGGCGGUGGUGGGGUCUCGCGCCUCUGCGGCCAUUGGUCAGCCGGUCGCCGUUGUCAGCCUGGGGGGACAAAGAGCCUCCGCACGCGCGGCUGUGGCAGGCGGCUCGAGCCUUUUCCUCCAUUCACACUUCGACAACAAGCGACCACCAGGGAUCCCGAGGCGCCGGCCGCCAACGAACCGCCCUGAACCGCCGUCAGGCAGAAAGACAACAAGCGCAGCGGGUUGGCUUCGCUCUCCUGAUCUCAACCUCAUGUCGUCAUUCGGCGACGAUUCUAGCCCGUCUAGAUUGCGAGAGACGACGCUGAUGGGGGGCUGA